AUGGAUGUCGAUGAAAUUUCUACGAAAACCGUUGGAGCCCAUAUGCUUUUGACAUCCUUUGGUGGAAUCCUUAUGAACUUGUACAUGUUCUAUCAUUUUUCCAAAUUGCAAAAAACUAGUUUCUACAUUCUCUGCGCUUCGAAAACUGUCUCAAAUACCUUAAUGCUUCUUACCUACCUUUUAUACGUUGGUCCAGUUAAUGUUCUGUACACAGCAAUAGGCUACAGUGAGCUGAAUAGCUACGUAAAUCAGAUGAAUUCCUUCGGUUUUUAUUUGCAAGGACCUAUAACUCAGCUUAUGAUAACUGUGAAUCGAUUCUUGGUCGUUUGGAUUUCCGCCGCAAAAACUACAAAUAGUAGUACAAAAGUUACAGUAAUAGCUCUAGCAAUUUCCUGGAUUUUUGCCGCGUGGCUCUCUACUCUGGCGGGACUUCCAGAUGACUGUCGUAUGCAUGUGAACUUUGGUCAUGUACCAUGGACUCGGCCUCCGUGUGCUUAAGAGAUGAUCAAUUUACUUUUUAUCGCUGUAUUUUCACUGGGGGUUUCUACUAAUGUUAUGAACGUUUUUAUAGCAAUCAAGUUGUUCAUUUUAUCGAAAUCCUCACAACUACUCUCCUCAAACACAUCUCAAAGCCGGAAGAAAAACCGAAUCUACCUAUUUCUACAGUCUUGUUUUCAAGAUUGGAUUUGCGUCCUGGACAUUGUUAACAACAUGAUAUCCGGCUUUUACUGUACCGACAGAACAUGUAUAGUUCUGGUGACAAUGGGAUUCGGGGUGACGGUUUAUUUGGCGGAUGGCGUUCUCAUGUAUCUGUUCAACUGCAAGUUAAACUCUGAUUCCAAGAUGAGCCCAAACAAGUUGAAGAAUGCGAAAACUUCUCAGAAUGCUAAAAAGUCCACGGUCACCCCGAUUUCUUGA